CAUAUAUUCAUGCUUUUUAGUUGUCAAGGAAACUUGAUUGCAAACGAUUAAUCUAAAUACGAAGUUUCUCUUCUUGUAUCUCACCUAGGACUAACAAUUAAAGUAAAGUCCAAUACAUCAAUAAUAGAUGACUAGUACAGAUUCCUAAAUAGCUUUCAUCCCUAGAGGCACAAUUGACAGCUCCUUAUAAUGGUUUCGUGAAGUAAAUGAAAGUAAUUUAGCCACUAAUUUAAGCAAGCAAAAUGGGAACUGUAGAUUUGGAAACCUUAAACCAUAACAUUAAGGUUACAAUUGAAAUUGAGAUAAGUAUUUUACAGAAAUUGGAACGUCAGCUUCGUGGAAAAGUUCUUUACAAGCGAAGACCUUGCUUUAAACGAAUAAGUGGUAUAGCCAAUUUUGUUUGUAUCAGACUAUUAUCAUGCUAGUUUUAUUAUAGAUCGAAGGAACCAAUAACUACCUAGUUGAGAAGAUGGCAUUCUUUCCGCAUAUCUCCUAAGACCCCUCAAAUUUAACUCGACUUGUAUUUUAAAACAUAAACAAAAACUAGGAAUAAAUCAAGCAGGAGUAAAUGAUUCUCAACAACCUAAGGGAUCAUCCUCACCCAGAUAUCAUACAAUUGGAAGAGAUUUCAUGUGAUGAUAAUUCAAUAUCAAUACUCUUAGAAUAUUGCCCAGGAGGCGAUUUACUUAAGUUUUUGAACCCAAAUAACUACAACAUCAACCAUUAAUUAGUGAUGAAAAAAUUGUUAAACGGUAUUAUAUAAAAAUAUUUUAAUAAGUCGUUUAGCACCUUCAUUCUUUAGAUAUUUUGCACAGAGAUAUAAAGCUAUAAAAUGUGUUACUUAGGAAAGCUAAUGAUGCAAGCAGCCUAGUGUUGGCAGACUUUGGGUUAGCCUGUCUUAAAUCAUAACUCUUAUAUUAUAAUAUGAGGUAUGAUGAACUAUCUUGUUAUCUUUAGAUGUGGGACACCGGGCUACACAGCUCCUGAGGUUUACACGGAAACCAUAUAUGAUUAAAAGGUCGACAUCUUCAGUUGUGGUGUGGUAUUUUUUAAUCUGUAAAUCUAUUUUUCUAUAAGAGAUUAACAUUAAAAAAUCCUUUUGGAUCCUCUAAAAACCCCCAUACUCUAGUUAUGAAAAAUAUAGCUGCGGAUUAUGAUUUGACUCAUUUGGAUCAAGUCAAGUCUAAAAAUCCCAUGGCUUGCGAUUUAGUCAUUCAAAUGCUUAAAAAAGAUCCAAAAUAGCGACCAUCAGCCGCCUAAUGUUUAUAACAUCCCUAUUUUAGUAAGGAGAUAGUAGAAUAGAAAGAGGAUUCCACCUUUGAUAAUAUUCAGUAAGCUUUGGAAUUUUAAUUAAUAGGUUCAACAAUCCUAUUCAUCAAACUGUGAAAGUUAGCCAAACUAAGCCACAUCAAAUGCCAUAGUUUAAAUGA